AUGGCGGUUGCAGACGGCCAAAAGCAGUCCCUCGGGAAGCGCAUCUGGCUCGCCGUAGCGCCCGACUCCAAGAAAGAUGACGAUGGCCGUGACAACUUUAACUCACGCUCCCAAUUCGUCCUCUGCGCCAUGGGCGGUGCUGUCGGAUUGGGAAAUCUUCUUCGUUUCCCCUCCGUCGUCUUCAACAACUACGGUCUCCAGUUCUUCAUCCCUUACCUCUUCGCCCUCUUCCUCAUCGGUAUCCCCAUCCUGAUCCUCGAAAUCACGCUCGGUCAGGCUUAUCGCGGUGGUUGCGUUGUCGCCUGGAACAACGUCAACCACCGUGCCAAGGGUAUCGGUUUCUCCAUGGUCUUCAACGGCUUUAGUGUUGUCGGGUACUAUGUGCCCAUCUUGGCUUUUGCCAUGACCUACUUUCGCAUGUCGUUUCAAAGUCCGCUGCCUUGGGCUGAACAGGACACUGAGAAAUUCUUCUACAAUGAGGUUGUGCGCAAUGUUGAUCCUGUCGGAGGUGAGGACGGUGGUAUGAAGUCGUACCCAGGACGUGGUAUCGUUGGUGAGACAUUUGGUUGGUGUAUGAUGAUCUGGGCCCUCGUUUGGAUGUGCACCUUCAAAGGUGUCGGCCUUACAGGUCGAGUCAUUUAUGUCACCAUGGCCCUUCCUCUAAUCAUGAUUGCCAUCCUUGCCAUCCGCUCUCUUUCCCUUCCCAAUGCCUCUGAUGGAUUUGCCCUUUAUGUUGGCACCUGGCGAAGCGAGUCUAUCCAAGGUCCCAAAGUUUGGCAGGAUGCCUUUGGACAGAUGUUCUUCUCCAUCGGUGUUGGUUUUGGCUACUUCACAUCGUAUGCCUCAUACAACAACAAGUACGCCAACGCUGUUCAAGAUGCCUUCAUCAUCGCCCUCAGUAACUCUUGUAUUGAGAUUGUCUCGGCUCUUGCUGUCAUGGGUAUCGUCGGUUUCUUGGCCAUCGUUCCUGACGGUACAAACUCCCUUUCUACUUUCAGCUCCGGCUUCUUCUACUACCCUGCCGCUCUCGCUCAGAUGCCUGGCUCCAACUUUUUCUCUGUCCUUUUCUUCCUGACCUUGUCCCUGCUUGGCCUUACCUGUGUUUUUGCACUGGCUGAGGUUCUCAUCACAAUGAUCUGUGACAGUGGCUGGGGUAGAAAGUUCCCUCGCUGGGUCAUCGCAUCCUCUGUAAUCCUUCUAGGUGCCCUCACUGCUCUGAUCUACAGCAGUGAGUUUGGUUUCGCCACCCUUGAUGCUAUCGACAUGUGGGUCAACGAUGUUGCCCUCUUUAUCACAGUCUGGUCAGAGACAUACAUGGCUUGCACUUUGUACCGCUGGAGAGACCCCGUCGAUCAGAUUGGUCUCGUCAGCUACUUUGUCUAUAACGCUGGCUAUGUAUUCUCCCUCUUCAUCGGUAUCCUUCUCGGUCACGUUGUUACCCCGGCUGCUGGUGCGGGUGCGGGUUUCGGUAUCUUCAUUGCCUGCUCUCUCGUCUCUGCCUUUGUUGGUAAGGCUCCUACCAUCCCUGCUCCCAGCUUCUGGGGUAGCAACGCCAUGCUCAGCCGAUUCUGGUAUGCGGCUUUCUACUCGGGUCAACAACUCCGACGUGAUCUCAACGCAGUCAUCUCCAACGGCGGCAAGAACUGGAAGAUUCACUGGAUCUGGCCCAUCUGUCUCAAAUAUAUCACUGGCCCAGCCGUCGCACUGGUCUUCUCCUUCGCUUACCCCAAGUUCCUCAACAACCACGCCAACGACCCUCCCUACGUCUACAGCUUUGUCAUCAUGCACUUCGUUAUCCUCUUCAUUGUCGGUGCCUUCGUCGUCCCUCGUUUCUUCAACUUUAUCAUCCCAGGUGAGCGACUUGAGCGCGGCGAUGGCAAAUACGAUGUUGCUCCUCAGAUGACCCUCGAUAACGCUCCCAUCGUUGACAAUGGUGGCAUUGAGGCCGGUCAUGCUGAGAUGGCUCACCACAGUAAUGGCGAGGGCAGCUUCGACGGUGACAAGGGUGGUCUAAGACCCGGUGCCGCUCGUGCCAGCCCCGAUAUGGUUGAGCCUCGACAGUAA